CUUCUAUAAUCAUGGCAAAACCUUAUGAAUUUAACUGGCAGAAGCCGGUUCCCUCUUUUAUGCAAGAUGGAGCUGUGUUUGAUAGAUAUGAAGAGGAAUCUUUUGUCUUUGAAAGCAAUUGUCUCUUUCAAGUGGAUGAAUUUGGCUUUUUUCUGAGCUGGAAAAGUGAAGGAAAGGAAGGACAGGUGUUAGAGUGUUCCCUGAUCAACAGUGUUCGUUUUGGAGCUGUUCCAAAGGAUCCCAAAAUACUGACUGCACUUGAGGCUGUUGGAAAAUCAGAAAAUGAGUUGGAAGGACGGAUAGUGUGUGUUUGCAGUGGUAUAGAUCUGGUGAACAUCAGCUUCACUUUCAUGGUAGCAGAAAACACAGAAGUUGCCAAGCAAUGGGUAGAAGGACUGGGAUCCAUCAUACAUAACUUUAGAGCUAACAAUGUCAGUCCAAUGACAUGUCUCAAGAAACACUGGAUGAAGCUGGCCUUUCUAACAAAUACAAAUGGGAAAAUUCCAGUUCGGAGCAUUACCAGAACCUUUGCAUCAGGUAAAACAGAAAAAGUGAUCUUUCAAGCACUCAAGGAAUUAGGUCUUCCCAGUGGAAAGAAUGAUGAAAUUGAGCCUGCAGCAUUUACUUACGAGAAAUUUUAUGAGCUCACCCAAAAGAUAUGUCCCAGAACUGACAUAGAGGACCUCUUUAAGAAGAUCAAUGGAGACAAAACUGAUUAUUUAACGGUAGACCAAUUAGUGAGCUUUCUAAAUGAACAUCAACGAGAUCCUCGGCUCAAUGAAAUUUUAUUUCCCUUUUAUGACAAAAGAGCCAUGCAGAUAAUUGAGACGUAUGAGCCAGAUGAAGACUUGAAGAGUAAAGGUCUCAUAUCAAGUGAUGGAUUUUGCAGAUACUUGAUGUCAGAUGAAAAUGCCCCAGUUUUCCUAGACCGUUUGGAAUUAUAUCAAGAAAUGGACCAUCCUUUGGCUCACUAUUUUAUCAGUUCCUCUCACAACACGUAUUUAACAGGCAGGCAGUUUGGUGGCAAGUCUUCGGUGGAGAUGUACAGACAAGUGCUUUUGGCUGGAUGCAGGUGUGUUGAGCUGGACUGUUGGGACGGAAAAGGUGAAGACCAAGAACCAAUAAUAACACAUGGAAAAGCAAUGUGUACAGAUAUUCUUUUCAAGGAUGUAAUUCAAGCCAUUAAGGAAACAGCUUUUGUUACAUCAGAGUAUCCUGUCAUUCUUUCAUUUGAAAAUCAUUGCAGCAAAUAUCAGCAGUAUAAGAUGUCAAAAUACUGUGAGGAUCUUUUUGGAGAUCUCCUGUUGAAGCAGCCUCUAGAAACACAUCCACUUGAUCCAGGUAAAGCCUUACCUUCUCCUAAUGACCUCAAAAGAAAGAUUCUCAUAAAGAAUAAAAGGUUGAAACCUGAAGUAGAAAAAAAACAGCUCGAUGCUCUAAAAAAGAUGAUGGAGGCUGGUGAAACUGCUGCUCCUGUGAAUAUCUUAGAGGAUGAUAAUGAAGAAGAAAUAGAAAGUGCUGACCAGGAAGAAGAAGCUCAUCCAGAAUAUAAAUUUGGGAGUGACCUUACUGUAGAUGAUUACAGUCAAAAAGAAGCUGUUGCCAUCAGUGUCAAAAAGGUGGGAUUACUUCUUACUUACAUUUCUCUGGAAGCUUUCCAUGGAUGUAAAACACAUUCUGUUUUGUGGAAACAUCACAGUACAUAUUGUCAGAAAAGUCCAACGCAAGAUCUUCACCAGAUUCCUAAUAUUUACUAUGAAGUAGACAUAUGGGAUCUGCUGGCAAAUGGAGUCUCAAGGAAAGUUGUCCCUCACGAUGAUGAACUAUCACAAUUUAGCUGGAGAUUUUGCAAACUGAAUUCUCUAGAAAUCUGCAAGGGAAAAACUAAAUUGCAGGUGGAACUUGAUCAGGAAUAUCAAGACAAAUUCAAAAGACUGCCUUUGGAAAUUCUGGAGUUUGUACAGGAAGCCAUGAAAGGGAAAAUUAGUGAAGAUGGAGACCACAGUUCUGCCCCCUCUUCUCUGGCAUCUGACAGUGGGAAAUCAAAUCAUAAACCUCUGCAAAGUGAAGAGGAAUUGGAAGAAGAUAAUUCAGAAAAAGUGGACCACGGAGAUGCACCAUCUGAAGCUAACAGUGAACCUAGGCCAGCACCAGCAGAAAAUGGAGUAAAUCACACUGCCUCUCUUACACCAAAACCAGCAACUCAGGUUGUCCAUAGCCAACCAACACCAGAAGUGGAAGCACAGACUAUUGAAGAGCUAAAACAACAAAAGUCGUUUGUUAAGCUUCAGAAGAAGCACUACAAAGAAAUGAAGGACCUUGUUAAGAGGCACCACAAGAAAACCACUGAUCUUAUCAAAGAGCACACUGCAAAGUAUAAUGAAAUCCAAAAUGACUAUCUGCGACGAAGAGCAGUUUUAGAAAAAACAGCAAAAAGAGACAGUAAGAAAAGAUCUGAAACGGGCAGCCCAGACCAUGGUUCAUCAACUAUCGAACAAGAAUUGGCUGCCCUUGACUCUGAAAUGACCCAGAAGCUAGUCGAGCUGAAGGAAAAGCAACAGCAGCAGCUGCUAAACCUCCGACAGGAGCAGUAUUACAGUGAAAAGUACCAGAAGCGAGAGCACAUUAAGCUGCUAGAGGAUGCUCAGAGUAAAAGACAGGAGAAACUGAUAGAAAAACACAAGGAGAUUCGUCAGCAAAUACUGGAUGAAAAGCCCAAGGUUGUUUUACCUACCCUGGCAUGUUUGAGGCUAGCAGUGUAUGAGGAAGGAGGGAAAUUUAUUGGCCAUCGGAUAUUACCAGUUUCAGCAAUUCGACCAGGCUACCACUACAUCUGUUUGAGGAAUGAGAGGAACCAACCUUUGACACUGCCAGCUCUCUUUGUGUACAUAGAGGUCAAAGACUAUGUGCCUGAUACUUACGCAGAUGUGAUCGAGGCCUUAUCCAAUCCAAUCAGAUAUGUAAACUUGAUGGAGCAGAGAGCUAAGCAGUUGGCAGCACUGACUCUGGAAGAUGAAGAAGAGGUAAAGAAAGAGGAUCCAAAGCUGCGUGAACUGUUGGAUGCUGGGAAUGUUGGAAGUCGACUGGAAAAUCGAAUGAUAACUGUUGUCUAUGGACCAGACCUGGUCAAUAUAUCGUACUUGAACUUGGUGGCAUUUCAAGAGGAUAUAGCAAAGGAAUGGUCAGAUGAAGUGUUCAGUUUGGCAACAAAUUUGUUGGCACAGAACAUGUCAAGGGACGCAUUUCUGGAAAAAGCAUACACAAAACUUAAACUACAGGUGACUCCAGAAGGACGCAUUCCUCUGAAGAACAUAUACCGCUUGUUUUCUGCUGACAGAAAACGUGUAGAGACAGCAUUAGAAGCCUGUAAUCUUCCAUCUUCCAGGAAUGAUUCAAUCCCUCAAGAUGACUUCACACCUGACGUGUACAGAGUGUUCUUAAACAACCUCUGCCCUCGACCUGAAAUCGACCACAUCUUUUCCGAGUUUGGUGCCAAGAGUAAACCAUACCUUACUGUUGAUCAGAUGAUGGAAUUUAUAAAUCUUAAGCAACGUGAUCCACGAUUAAAUGAAAUCCUUUAUCCACCAUUAAAACAGGAGCAAGUUCAACAACUGAUUGAGAAAUAUGAACCCAACAGUAACCUAGCGAAGAAAGGACAGAUAUCAGUGGAUGGAUUUAUGCGGUAUCUGAGUGGAGAAGAAAAUGGCGUUGUUCCACCUGAGAAACUGGAUUUAAAUGAAGAUAUGUCUCAACCACUGUCACACUAUUUCAUCAAUUCCUCACACAACACCUACCUCACAGCUGGACAGCUGGCUGGGAACUCUUCAGUGGAGAUGUAUCGGCAAGUGCUUCUGUCAGGCUGCCGCUGUGUGGAGCUGGACUGCUGGAAAGGGAGAACAGCUGAAGAAGAGCCGGUCAUUACGCACGGGUUCACUAUGACAACUGAAAUAUCUUUCAAGGAAGUAAUAGAAGCUAUUGCUGAGUGUGCAUUUAAGACAUCGCCCUUUCCAAUCCUCCUUUCCUUUGAAAAUCAUGUGGAUUCCCCUAAACAACAGGCAAAAAUGGCAGAGUACUGCAGAUUAAUAUUUGGAGAUGCAUUGCUUAUGGAUCCAUUGGAGAAAUACCCGCUUGAACCUGGGGUUCCUCUUCCAAGCCCUAUGGAUUUAAUGUACAAAAUUCUGGUAAAAAAUAAAAAGAAAUCACAUAAGUCUGCAGAUGGAAGUGCCAAGAAGAAGCUCUCAGAGCAAGCCUCCAACACGUGUAGUGAUACAUCUAGUAUGUUCGAGCCUUCCUCCCCAGGAGCAGGAGAAGCAGAGAUUGAGAGCGAUGAUGAUGAUGACUACGAUGAUGAUUGCAAAAAGUCGUCAAUGGAUGAAGGUACCGCUGGAAGUGAGGCUAUGGCCACGGAAGAGAUGUCUAACCUGGUGAACUACAUUCAGCCUGUGAAAUUUGAAUCAUUUGAGGUAUCAAAAAAACGCAACAAAAGUUUUGAAAUGUCUUCCUUCGUGGAAACCAAAGGGCUUGAGCAACUUACCAAGUCUCCGGUGGAAUUUGUGGAAUACAACAAAAUGCAGCUAAGCCGAAUUUACCCAAAAGGAACACGUGUAGAUUCUUCAAACUACAUGCCACAAGUCUUUUGGAAUGCUGGCUGCCAAAUGGUUGCUCUCAACUUCCAAACAGUAGAUUUGUCUAUGCAAAUAAACAUGGGAAUGUAUGAGUACAAUGGCAAAAGUGGAUACAGGUUAAAGCCAGAAUUCAUGAGAAGACCAGACAAACACUUUGAUCCAUUUACUGAAAGUAUUGUGGAUGGAAUCGUAGCUAACACCUUGUCUGUGAAGAUUAUUUCAGGUCAGUUUCUUUCCGAUAAAAAAGUUGGUACCUAUGUAGAAGUUGACAUGUUUGGCCUGCCUGUGGAUACAAGAAGAAAAGCUUUAAAGACCAAGACCUCGCAAGGCAAUGCAGUUAAUCCUGUCUGGGAAGAGGAAACUAUAGUGUUUAAAAAGGUUGGUGUAACACUUGCUUCUCAAACCAGCGUUGAGUGUGUUUAAUCGCUGCCCAGUUAG